AGUUCGUUUUUUUUUUAUUAUUGCCUAGUCCAGACGGCGAUUAGAAAAGCAACCAAAUCAAGAGGAAAGCUUUUAAAGUCUAACGCCAACUUGUUCCUUCUUCCCUCCCUUCUCGUGGAGCUUUCGAUGCUCAUGGCGAGGCGCAACGAUAGCAACCCUUUCGAGGAGGAAGAGGACGUCAAUCCCUUCGCGAAUCCACCAAGUAUUCCUCCUGUGUCAAAUUCCAGGCUUUUGCCGCUUCCUUCAAAACCUGCUGGUUUCUACAAUGACUAUGGAGCCACCAUUGAUAUUCCUCUAGAUACAUUGAAUGCUCUGAAGAAAAAGGAGAAGGAACUUAAAAUCAAGGCAGAACAACUAAAUAAGAGGGAAACGGAACUUAAACGCAGAGAAGAGGCAGCAGUUCACGCUGGUAUUGUGAUAGAGGAAAAGAACUGGCCACCAUUUUUUCCUAUUAUACAUCAUGAUAUUGCUAGUGAGAUACCUAUCCACGUGCAGCAAUUGCAGUAUGUUGCAUUUGCAUCAUUACUAGGGUUGGUUGCAUGCCUCUUUUGGAAUUUUAUGGCAGUUACAGCAGCCUGGAUCGGGGGUGAAGGCGUGAAGAUCUGGUUCCUUGCCAUCAUCUACUUUAUUUCCGGUGUUCUUGGAGCUUAUUUCUUAUGGUAUAGACCUCUUUAUCGCGCAAUGAGGACUGAAAGUGCUUUGAGCUAUGGAUGGUUUUUCUUGUUUUAUCUGCUACAUAUAGCAUUUGUUGUUUAUGCAGCUGUGGCUCCUCCAAUUAUCUUUAAGGGAAAAUAUCUGGCAGGAAUCCUUGCCGCGGUGGAUGUCAUUGGUGAUCAUGUUAUUGUCGGGAUCUUCUACUUCAUUGGUUUUGGAAUGUUCUGCCUAGAAUCAUUAGUCAGCAUCUGGGUCCUUAAGCAAGUAAACAUGUAUUUCCGAGGGGGCGGUCAAGCUGCAGAGAUGAGACGGGAGGCAGCACGAAGUGCCAAGAGAGCAGCGAUAUGAUCGAUGGACGGACUUUGCGGGUAACCGACAACGAGAAAUGUGAUAACGAUCGG